GUUAAAGCUGUAAUCUAUCGAUAGGGCUAUCGAUUGCUGUCCAUCCCUAGGUGACAUAACGUGAUUUCGAACUGUGACUAUGUUAAGAAAACUAAUACCCAGUGCAAGGUUGGCCCUGCAGGCGCCCAAGGUCACAUCUGUGGCUGUGAGAAACACCAGCGGCAGUGUUUACGAGCCGGAUUACCUGGAGUCCCUCAAACCAAAAUUCCCGCAAUACGAAAGCCUCAAUGUACAAAUCAAGGGCUAUGACUAUCCCCAGCUGGAGAGCUACCAGCGCUUCCUCCAUGGCCUGGCCGAGUACUUGGAACUGGAUGUCUCCGAUUGCUAUGCCUUGCCUCCCCAGCAAACGCAGGUCCAGCGCCUGCGGCCGAACUCCACGGUGAUCGAGUCCGAGUACAAGCUGACCACCUACGAGCGGAACCUGCAGCUAAACAAUGUGGAUGCCCCAGUCUAUCCACAAUUCCUGCGCAUAGCCCAGUCAGCCCUGCCCGAGGGUGUUAGUUUGAGGGUCGAGGAGCACACCGAUGACUGCGAGGAGCGACGCUAUGUGCCAGACAAGGAGCUGCUGGACCUCAAAUCCGAACUGGAUCGCAUGGGUGGACCUUCUACCACCAAAAAGAAGUAGGAUUCGCUUUUUUUUUUUGGCAAACAUUUAAUGCUAAGGUGUAUAAAGUGUGGAGAAAAGAACCUAUAAGUAAAAAACUUUCCUAUUUAAA